AACUCUCGUUUCUUGGUGGGGACAGAUAGCAUCUUCACCGUCCAAACCUUCUUCUCUCUGUUUUUAACAAAUAAUUUUAGUUUCUUUUGGUAUUUUAAGGGAUAACUGAAGUGGGUUCUAUUUUCCCUUUUUAUUCUACCAGGGUUUAAGCUGUUGUUCAUCAUCCCCUCAAACCUUUUAUGUGGCACUUUGAGUGGGGGAAGUCAAGGCAUUAAUCCUGCUUCUGUGUUUGAAAAGCAGCAUAGACACUUUGUUCAAUAUGGAUAAAGGAAUAAAAGGUAUUACCUGGGCGGGCAACUUAUGCAGGAGGCUUGAAGCUGUGUGUGUGGAAGCAGAAAGUAUCCGUCUGGAAGCAUCAGGACUUUUUCAAGAAACAGUGCAGGAAGUUCAACAAUUCUUUUCAGCACUCAUGGAAGAUGUCCUUCCUUCAUCUCCACAGGGUUCAGUGGAAGAUUGUGAACUUAUGGUUGCAGUUGAUGCUGAUGUCACAAAUGAUGACAAUUCAGUUAUUGAUGUUGAGGAAGAUCAUUCCAAGAAGGAGCUCCUUCAUUCAUCUCAUCGGGGUACAGUGGAAGAUGAUGGACCUGUGGUUGGAGGAGCUGAUGCUAGUGUCACAGACCAUGACAAUUCAGAUGUAGAUGUUGAGGAAGACCACUCUGAGAAGGAGCUGCGUCAUUCAACUUUGGUUGACUUUGUGGAGGUCCCUGAUUCUAGUUCAUCUUCUGAGAAAACUUCUGGUAGUGGAACCUUAAGAAAGUUAAAGCUCAGUAUCAAUGGAAAUGAAGAUCUUAUCAAGGAGGAAGAAAUUCAGCAGAAGGCAGUAUGCAAGUCUUUUAUGGAAACAGGAGAGGGUAGUUGCUCAGCUUCCAGUUCAAGCUCCACAGCAUCUUCUAUUUCUGAAACUUUGAUUCAAUCCUGUAAGGCUCAACUUCCAGAUACUGGUUUUACUCUUGACAAUUCUGUGGGAGAAUCAAGUGAAGAAGCCAGUCAUAAUGUUGUUGACAAGUCAGAACUGAAUCUUGAAGAAAGUUGUAUUAUUGUAGAUAGUAGUUUGCUUCAGUCUCUCUACUCUGAAGCAGGAAGAUGCAAGUUUUACAAGGGUGCCUCUCCUACAAAAAUGAGGAUAAGAAAGCGGCCCUUGGCCAAUUUUCACAAGGAUGGGAAUCUUAAUGUGGGAUCCAAUCAACAGAAAGGAAACAGCUUUGAACAAUCUUUUCUCAUCGUCGAAUCAGAAGCACCAGAGCAGGAGUUUUCUGGUUCUGAUUGGGAGAUUAUUUAGAGAACUUCUCCGCAGAUUACUUGAGUGCUGAAACUGCACCAGCUUUAUGACCUCUGCAAGGCUAGAUUAAGCUAAUAAGGAUAGAACACAUGCUUUUACAUAGAUGAGAGGAUAAAGAACUCAUUAAACCUUGAGGAAAUCGUUUUUUUUUUUUUGGGGGGGGGGGGGGGUGGUCUUUUCUUCUCUUUUUAGGUCAGAAAAUUCCUCUUGUUGAGUGCGAGAUUUUAAUUCUCUUGUUAUUGUGGUUGGUUCAUGCUUUUACCAGAGAUUGUGUAUUUUUUCCAUUUUCCAUGUUUAUAAUCCUUAAUCAAUUUUCGUUUUUCUU